AUGUCCGCGAAAAUUGAAGAUUCGACAAAGUCAAACGAAGAGCAUGAGGUACCCAGAGCCAUGGAACACUUUCGAGUCGAUGAAGAAGGGAUGUCUCCACCGUCCAAUCAAUCCGGAAAACCUUUGCCUCGAGUCGAUGGAGGCUGGGGUGCGUGGUCUUAUCUCGCUACUGCUACUGCAUUAGAAACACUUGUCUGGGGUCUUGCUAGUUCCUAUGGAGUCUUCUUGGAUCAUUAUACCAUGCUCUAUCCUCAUUCAACAGGCCUACUCCCAAUCAUAGGUACCGUCUCAAUGGGAAUAAUGUACCUAUUGCUCUCUCCCUUAUCGUUAUAUCUUACGGCUUAUGCUCGUCAAAGAACAAGGACCAUGUGGCUAGGAUUGAUCAUCAUGUUCUGUGGUUUCAUGGGUGCUGCUUUUGCAAGCAACGCGUCAACGUUGAUUGUCACUCAAGGUGUGCUGUACGGUAUUGGAGGGACUAUGUUAUAUUGCCCAACAACAAAUUACAUGUUCGAAUGGUGGUUGAACCGUAGAGGGUUGGCUUCCGGUAUCAUGCUUUCGGGAACAGGUGCUGGCGGAUUGAUCAUGCCUCUUAUAUCCAAUGCUUUGUUACAGAAAUACGGAAAACGUACUACACUCUUGGCAAUUGGAAUAUCUUACACAUUCCUCUUAGCUUUCCUAAUUCCCUUUAUUCGUCCCAGAUUGCCUGUCGCUCAACCAUCAGUAACACGAAGACCUAAAAUCAAUUGGUCUUUCUUGAAGACCUCAACUUUCUGGUUGCUUUGGUCUGGUGUGCUGUUUCAGGGUUUAGCUGCUUUUAUGCCCGUCACCUAUCUGCCAUCGUACGCCACUGCGUUAUCACUUUCUCCUACCAUUGGUACGCUAUCGAUCGCCCUGAUGAAUCUGGCUCGAGUACCAGGCCAAGUCAUUAUCGGUCAUUUGGCAGAUAAGAUGGGACCGAGAAAACUGAUCUUAUUGAUGGCUCUUGCAUCAGGUAUAAGCGUCUUUGCAGGUUGGGGAGCAGCAAAGAACGUAGGGGGAUUAGUUGGAUUCAGUUUGGCGUUUGGUGCUUUUGCUGGAAGUUAUACAGCUUUAUUCUCCAGAUUCAUAGCAAUUUUGAAUCACGAUGACCCUCAUCUGCCUGCUAUCCUAUAUUCACUUUUCUUCUUGGCUAGAGGAAUAGGAUCAAUUGCUUCUGGACCACUAUCAUCGGCGUUGAUGUCCAAUACUUCGCUGGGGAACGCUAAAGGAGGAUACGGGGUAGGUGGAUAUGGAGUAUUGAUCGUUUGGACCGGAGUAGGAAUGGUUAUGUCUGGGGUGGGAGCAGGUUAUAAGUCAUACAAAAUUGAUUGA